AUGGACGACCACUGUCUGAACUGGGACCAGGCUGCUGUUGAAGCUUUUAGGUGGAAACUGAAAUACUUUUUCAUGAACCCUUGUGAGAAAUACAGAGCCCGGGGACGAAAACCUUGGAAACUCACACUGCAGAUUCUUAAAAUCGCCAUCACUACAAUUCAGUUGGUCUCAUUUGGACUCAGUAAUGAGAUGGUGGUCACCUUCAAAGAGGAGAAUUUGGUGUCCUUCAAACAUAUUUUCCUUAAAGGAUAUUCUGACCGAAUCACUGACACUUACACAGUGUAUACAAAGGAUGAUGUCUACGACCACAUCUUAUUUAUAGCAGAUCAGUAUAUGAACUUGCCUAACAUCACAGUUGGAAACCACGCUUAUGAUAAAAAUGAAGGAAUCUAUGCACCACUGUCCGUUUGCCAGGAUUUUUAUAGAAAUGCUAACAUUUCGUCUGAAAAUGAAACGUUUGACAUCGAUACGAAAAUUGAAACAGAAUGUGCUAAAGUUUAUCCAGGAAAGCCUCCAGCAGAAGACAUACUGGAAGAAUUCCUGAAGAAUUUAACUUUGAAUUUUAAAAGGCUUCGGUCUGUCAAUAUUAACUUUACUCUGAAGGCCAUAAAUCUACAGACCAUCGAGCAUCACGAGCUUCCUGACUGCUACAACUUUAUUGUCAUGAUUACUUUCGACAGCAGAGCUCACAGCGGACAAAUAAAAAUUAAUCUUAAGAAUGAUGUGGAUAUGUAUCAGUGCAGAGACUGGAGUGUAAAAGGAAUGUCAGGGAGACACAUCCAAUACACAUUAAUCUUUGACUGCAUAACCACUGUAGUAUGUUUGGCCUCCCUGAUUCUGUGUAGCCGUUCAAUCAUCAGUGGCAUUCAGCUGCAAUUUGAGUGCCUGCAUUUUUUCCGGACUUUCCUUGGAAAGAAUGUGCCCUGGUCCGACCGGAUGGAGUUCGUAAAUGGAUGGUAUAUACUGAUCAUUGUCAGUGAUACUCUAACCAUUGUUGGAACCAUUCUGAAAAUAGCAAUUCAGACCAAGAAUUUAACAAGCUAUGAUGUCUGUAGUUUUCUGCUGGGGACGGCUACACUGUUUACCUGGGUCGGAGUCAUUCGUUACUUAGGCUACUUUAGGAAAUAUAACAUCCUUAUCCUUACCUUGAGAGCGGCUUUUCCAAACGUGGUCCGUUUCUGCUGCUGUGCCUCCAUGAUCUACCUUGGUUACUGCUUCUGUGGUUGGAUCGUGUUGGGACCUUAUCAUGAGAAAUUCCGGACCAUGAACACCGUGUCCGAGUGCCUGUUCUCCCUCAUCAAUGGGGAUGACAUGUUCACGACAUUCAAGAACAUGCAACAGAGGAGCACCCUUGUUUGGCUAUUCAGCCGGCUAUACCUCUACUCCUUUGUGACCAUCUUCAUCUACACAGUGCUCAGCCUAUUCAUCACUGUUAUCACUGACACAUACGAGACUAUCAAGAAAAGCCAGCAAAGUGGUGUCCCUGAAUCAGAACUUCAUGCCUUCUUGGCAGAUUGUAAAGACCUACCUAAUUCAGGAAUGUUCAAGCAAGAGGAUGUAUCAUCUCCAUGCCUUUCCUGUUGUUCUCGGUAAGUUGUGGAAGUCUGGAUUGUAAUUGCAUAAAUCCACAACCCUAAUGUCACCUACAAACAAUUUUUAUGACUCUUUUAUUCUUCACAGUAGAUACCUAUGCUCUCAGUUAAGACAUCAGCAUCUUAGUGAAACUAAAGCAAUUUUAAAUGGUGUGUACAUUUAAUGCCAGUCUGCAGUCCAUUUUCAAUAAACCAAAGUCUAUUAUAAUAUGUUACAUUGU